UUUUCUCUUGACCAUCAACAAGAUGGCGGCCGGCGCGUACCAUCUGACUGCUUUGGCACCUGUUGGAUGGUACCACCACCAAAACGUGUGCAGUACCACCAUGCAAAUUAUUUAUGCGACAAGAUUGGCCCUCGAGUAGCUCCCUGUGGCAAACUUUUUUUCCCACUGCGUUUGCUGUAAAAAACCCAUUAUUUGCCGGAUUUGGCUCUUCUCGUGGGUUCCCCUCGCCCAUUGUUGGUAUAAUGGCCGCCUUGAUCCGACUUCCCGUCUCUCCGCCACGCUUGCUACACCUGUACAGGUACCACGUCUCGGGCGCUUCUUUGCCAGUUUUGUGCGCGAUUUUUGCCCAAAUGUCGGGAAAUUGAGUAAAAAUUUAGUGAAAAAGUAGUGCGGGAUGACCAAGGGGAAGAGCCACAAGCCGAGGGCGCUGUUCCAGGUCGCUAAGGUCCUCUGGCAUUUGGACAUUUUCCGGCGCAGUUUCCGGGACCUUUCCGGGCACGCUUGCAUGGCGGAUUCUUGCAUCUUCUGCGCCUUAAAAGAACUCUUCUCCCAGUUACAAUUCUCCAAUGAGACUGCUCUCCCUCCCGACGCUUUGCGUCGAGCUCUUGCUGAGAGCUUCUUCGACCAACAGCGCUUCCAGCUGGGCUUCAUGGACGACGCAGCCGAAUGUUUCGAAAAUAUGCUCCUCAGAAUCCACAUGCAUAUAGCCCAUGGUGAAGCCGAAGAUAUGUGUAAUGCCCGCCAUUGUAUCCCCCAUCAAAAGUUCGCAAUGACACUAGUCGAACAAAGUGUAUGCAACUCGUGCGGCGCCACCUCCGAGCCGCUUUCCUACACCCAGAUGGUCCAUUACGUGUCCACGUCUACCUUGGUGUACCAAGUGCGUACGACGAGGCCUCAAGGCAUUAUCGAACCUUUUGGGCAACUUUUACGCAAGGCUGGGAGCAUGGGCGACAUAAGGGUGUGUCCGAGUGCGUGUGGUGCUGUUAUCCAAAUCGGCCGUACUUUAAUGAACCGGCCUGAAAUCGUCUCAGUUGGCUUGGUAUGGAAUUCGGAACGGCCUACUUUGGAGCACAUAAUGGAGGUGUUCUCGACCAUUGGUACCACCCUCCGACUGGGGGAAGUUUUCAACAGUGUUAUCGACAGUCGUUGGGCUGAAACUUCCGUCCAUACUUUAGUCGGAGUUGUGACUUAUUAUGGCAAACACUACUCAACGUUCUUUUUCCAUACCAAGCUGCGAGUAUGGAUUUAUUUCGACGAUGCUACAGUUCGUGAAGUGGGACCACGGUGGGACCAAGUGGUUGAUAAGUGUCGCAAAGGGCGGUACCAACCCCUUCUCCUACUUUACGCCCUUCCGGAUGGUACUCCUGUUAAUACAGAAAACGCCCCAAAACAAGUGGUACCAUUCUACGACAAGCCGAAAAAAUUGGGUUUGCGACGUUCGGUGACUCCAAGUCCCGAAAAACCAAUCAUUGGUACCACCCGACGGGCCAUAACCCCGAACCCUGAUGGUACCACUUGCCAGAAACCCCCCCUACCAAGGAGUUACAACGAGUACCAGAACUUAUCCGUGAUUCAGAGUAAUCUCUACCCGGAACCUCACCGUAACAUCCACAGAACCCUAAGUAAUGGUUCAUCGAGUGGUACCGAAGGCUUGUUCCGUGAUUACCCGAACGUUCCUCGAACCCGUGAUUCGGGAAACUGGUCAAGUGACCGCAACAGUGCCUCCUCCUCCUCCUCCACGACCAUGGAGAACCCCUACUUGUACCUCGUGGGUAAAGUACCGGAACCCACCCAACGAAACGAAUCAUCGAGUAGUACCAGCAGUGGGGUUUACGACGUCGGGUACGACUCGUACUCCCUCUCCUCCAACGAUAGUAGUACCAUGACCACCAUCCAACACAUGAUGAAGAUGGGUCAUUUGGCCAAAAUCCCGGAGGAUUACAACCCGGGUGGGCAGGCGCAAGUGUCGCAAAGUUGCGACGUUUUGUGCGACGAAGCCGACGAGCUUUUGGUCAAAUCGCGCCAAUUGGAAGAUGACCAUGACCUUGUCCUUGCCUUGGCUUUGUGUAAUGCAGCUGCCACCAAAGCCAGAGCCGCCAUGGACGCCCCUUACAACAACCCCCAAACGCUGACCUUGGCCCGCAUGAAGCACAACACUUGCAUAAUGCGUGCUAGAAGCCUCCACAGACGAAUGACCCAAAACCAGGCCCAAAACAAGGACGUCCCUCCCGAAAUCAGACACACACGGGAGGGGAGUUCGGGGUCCUGUGGGAAACACUCCCGUCAAAGUUCACACUCCAGGCAGAACAGUAAGGAGAUUGUGGAGAAACCGGCCAAAAAUAUCGAGAUUUACGCCACUUUGCCCAAAAAGAAGAAAGUUGUGAGCAUUGAAGACCAGGAGGAGGUUUUGUACGAUAAACCCCCAGGUCGGGAGAGUCGUAGCAUCUUCUCCCGCAAGAACAAGGAGAAGCGUUCGAGGUCCGAAGACCGCAACAAAGUCACAAAGGAGUUGUCUAUUGCCCCCGAACCCCCCAAAAAGGAGGUUAAGACAAAGAAACAACACAAGAUCAGACGGAAACUUCUGAUGGGGGGGCUAAUCAGGCGAAAGAAUCGCAGUAUGCCUGAUUUAACCGACACUUGUGAGAAGGAAAAACCCACGACCACAGUUGAUGACAGUAGGGUUGGCCUGAACGGUGGUAGUACCACCGAUAUGUGUGGGUACUUAUCGGAAGGUCACCUGGAGUUCACCAACCCCAACCUGGAACGCAGCAAAUUGAUGCGGAAGAGUUUCCAUGGUAGUGCUGGUAAGAUUCUGACCGCGGCUAAAGUACCACCCCCUCCACCGUUACGUACCACCUCCCAACUGACGACCAAUAAGGAGUAUUACCCCCUCUACCACAACCUGGUCGUGACACGAGCCGACGUCCAUCAAGAGGGCGUGGACGAAGUCGAUUGUGCCCCUCCUUCAAACCUCGACCUCCCCCCUUAUCCCAGCCCACUAGGCUCAGUGAUACACUCACGCCAAGCUAGUGAAGAAUUCCCCCCACCACCACCCCCACUUGACUUGUCCGCAUUGGACGAACACUUGAAACCCCCAACUCCGCCCCCCACCCCACCCUCAACCCUUCUAGCUGAGCUGCAAGUCAAACGACAGGAGAUCCUAGCACCUGGUGACACCUGGCUGAAGGAACUCCAAGCCAAACAAGCCGCCUUAAGAAAGAAACAAGAGAGUGUGGGUUCCCCCGGGACGUCAGUCCGCGACUUGGCCUCAAAAUUCGAAAACAUCCAGGUGUUUGAGGGCCAAAAUGGCGUCGUCACAGCCCGGAAACGCGACGAUUUUGACAUCCCGCCCGAAAUUCCCGACGAAAAACGCGGGAAAAAGAAAAGUGUCUCGUUCUGCGACCAAGUGAUCCUAGUUGCCACAGCCGAGGAGCAGGAAGACGACAGUUACAUCCCGAACCCGAUCCUGGAACGCGUCCUGCGCUCAGCCAUGAACAAGCCGGAAACGGCCGCCAUUCGCCAGGAAGUCCGGACUUUACGCCAGGAGAUGUCCCCGGAGCCGUUCGUGCGUCGCAACUCAAUGGACAACCUCCUCUCGCGGCAAGCCCCGCCCCCUGACCCCCUCUACUACAACAACUACGCCCAGUCGCCCUACCAACGAAUCCCGCAGAACUCGCCAGUUUACAACGCCCCGCCCUCCUACCCCCAGUACCAGUAUGUCCGGCCGCCGGUGUAUCAACAUCCGCCGUCGCCACGCCCCGUCUAUCAAGAGCGCGUCCCGCCGCUCCACCCCGAGUACACGCCCUACCAACCAAUCCCGCGACAGUUGCUAAGGAAAAGUGUGAGUUUUGAGCCGGGGACGAAAGGCGGGGCGGAGUCGCCCACUCCCAAGGCGGUGGUCACGCCCAUUGUGGUCAAUAACGCCAAUAAUAGCGUGCCCACGGGGAAGACCAAGUGUAAUCUGUGUAGGAAGAAGGCGGUGGUCUCGGCCAACUUGUACUGCACGGAUUGCGAGUUUUACAUGUCGAGGUUUAAGCCGAAAAGGUAGUUUUUAAGGAAGUGUGAAGUGUAAUUUAUUUGGAUCUCACUGUACAUAGGAUUGAUUAUUGUAAUGUUUUAUAUUACGUGAUUAUAAUAAAAGAGUUUUUCAAAUA